GCAGGAGCCUUUUGAAGAAGCAGCAUGGCUGCGGCCUGAUCCCCGGAAAGGUCCCCACCGGGCGCGCCUUUCGACGCAAGCUGCUUUUGACCACCAUCCGCCGCAUGAGCGAUUCCCCCAAUGAGGCCGCACAAGGAACUUGCUUCGAGGGCCUUCUGCACCUCUUCGAUCGCAAUUCUUCAAAGGAAGGGUGCGACCUCGACUUCAGCUGCUCUUUGGACGGCCCCAAGAUCUCCACGACUCACUCGGACUCAGCGGCCCGGCCAGCCCGGCCUUCGGCCAGCCCGGCCUUGGGCCUUCGGAAGGGCGCGGAUCCGAAGCCUUGGGACAUGCGAGCUGAAGGGUCGCCCCGAAAGAUGGGCCUGCCCCGAGUUCGGGGCCGCUUCGCCUUUCAGCUUAACCCACUGAUCUGGCAAUUUGACACCACUUACAUGGAUGUGGUGUAUGGGUCGAAAUGAAACCACC